CGUCGCGAUUCAGAGGAAAUCAGUCGUUCUGGUUGGACCAAACAGCAUCACUGGCCGGAGCAAAACACACUCGGGCUGCAUAAGGUUGGUUGGCUGCCCUGGGCCCUGGACCAUCUUGCAGAGAUUCUCGUUCCUCUCGCUCGCCUCCUUCCGAAAACCCGGCACUUGCUGCGGGAUCCGCAGAAACGGCUUCUAAGGGGUCUCCACGGCGGAAGUUGCGUGCAGGCGUGUUUUUAAUCUGCGGUUGCCGCCAUCCAACGCGGCGAAACGGGCUGCGAGGCGUCGGGAAAAUAGAUCAAGAAAACCGGGUUUGUCCAGGGAUGGCUUUCAAAGCCGCCAUAGCAACACCCUGUUCUCUGGAGUCCUGAGGCAUCCCUCACUGCUCGCUUGCUCUAUCUCGCUGCCUGUGGUGGUCCUUCUUCAUUUUCCACUCCCCACAGGCUUAUGUGGAUGCCUUCUUACCACGGACCCACCCUACUCUGGCCUCUGCUCCAGCACAUCCUCUCCAGGGGAGUUGGAUAGACUGGACUCGGACACACCAAAGGAGGAACUUCUUCAGGCUGGCCAUAAACAUGGUGGCUCUGCUCAGCCUGCCAAGCUGAGGCAAUAACUCAAAAGAGCAGCAACAGCACAAAGGUUAUUUUCAGAUAAACAAGAUACUCUGGAUUUACGGAGAUGAAGUUUCAUCCGGCAGCCAAUCUUUGCUAAGCCACGCUAAUCAGGGAUACUGGGAGCAAAGCAGAGCAGCGGUUGAAUACAGCUAAUUGCUUGGAGCAAUUUCUUCAUCAGACCUUUUCUUUUCCAGACCUUCUCCAGAAAAUUCCAGGCUCCACGUCUUGCUUGAUGCCCUCAUCUUUGUUUAGAAAGGCUGCAGCUCCUUCUUUUUCCUGCCAACAGAUUGAAAGAUGACUUCUGCUCACAAAAUUAUGGUCUGGGAUGCCCAUUUCUUGUUUUUCUAGCAAGAACUGUCACAACUGGGUGGAGAACAAGACCAUCGAUACUGGCAGCACAAUGUAGACAUUCCUCUGGAGCAAGAACUUGGGAUCUUCCAGUCCCUGGUUUGGAACAUUCUCCUGCCUUCUGCCAAAACCCUUCCCUACGUGUGUGCAUGUGCACUCUCUCUCUCUCUCUCUCUCUCUCACACACACACACACACACACAGAGAUUCCCUUCGCAGGCACUGGAAGAGUGGAAAUAAGCCAAGUGGCAAGCACGACUUCUCUUGUCAGCCUGAUGCAUCAUUGUGACUGGGAAAAUUCAGGCAGCAUCCAGGGAUUCUGCCAAGGUUGACCCAAGGCUUUGGACCAAAACAGUUCUGGCCACCUAAACCGUGGCUUACAGCCUUAUGGAAGACCUGGGCAAGUCCACGCUUUGGCUGCAGGCCGAGCUGGCCUCUCCUUCUCCGUGCUUGCAUAUUCUUGAUUGCCGCAGCCGGGAGCUGUACGAUUCAUGCCAUGUGGAGCGGGCGCUGAGCGUGGCCCUCCCAGGAUUACUCCUGCGCCGCCUUCGGAAGGGGAGCCUGGCGGUCCGAUCCUUGCUGCCUGGGCCCCCUCAGGGGCUCUGUGAGAACAUGGUUUUGCUGUAUGACGAGGGGACAAUCCAGCUCUCUCGACCGGACAACCAGGAGGAAGAAGAAGAAUCGGUGCUGCUCACGCUCUUGCAGAAGCUCCGAGAGGAGGGCUGCCUGGCCUACUAUCUGCAGGGAGGCUUCAAUAAAUUCCAGGCUGAAUGGCCCCAUCUCUGUGAAACCAACCUUGAUACAGCCAGUGCCAGUAACUUUCCUGUUCCUCUGGCGGCUCCCAUCGUAGGGCUGGGCGGCCUGAGCCUAAGUUCAGAUGGCUCAGAUGCAGAGUCAGAGCCCCUAAGCAGCGGCAUGGAGUCUGAAGGCGCAAGUCCCCCCUCCUUUCCGGUGCAGAUCCUACCCAAUCUCUACCUGGGAUGUGCCCGUGACUCCGCCAACAUGGACACUCUGGCCAAACUGGGAAUCCACUACAUCCUCAAUGUGACUCCGAACCUACCAAACCUCUUUGAGAAGAAUGGUGACUUCCAUUAUAAACAAAUUCCCAUCUCAGAUCACUGGAGCCAAAACCUUUCUCAGUUCUUCCCUGAAGCUAUUGAUUUCAUUGAUGAGGCCCUCUCUCGGAACUGUGGCAUUCUGGUGCACUGCUUGGCAGGGAUCAGUCGCUCAGUUACUGUCACUGUAGCCUACCUCAUGCAGAAGCUCAACCUGUCCCUCAAUGAUGCCUAUGAUCUGGUGAAGCGAAAGAAGUCCAACAUCUCACCCAACUUCAAUUUCAUGGGGCAGCUGCUGGAUUUUGAAAAGUCUCUGGGUCUCAGCCAGGGCAGCCAACGGCCUGCUUCAGACCAGACCUGUUUCUUCACCUCGCCAACCAAUGACAGUGUCUUUGAGCUGGAUCCUACGUAGGAGCCAAAAGGGUGCUACUUUCUUGCCGAUGUCCACCAACACCUCCUGUUCUUUGGUUCUACCUGCCUGCCCUGGUGGCAGAGCCCUCUGGGACCAACUGAAUACCUCACACUAGAGAGGGAGGUGCCUCUUUCAGGAACAACUGCCAUUUCCAGCAAAGGUUCUCAUUGCCUUUUGGGUUUUCUGAAAUGUCAACAGCAAUGGUGUCCUUACUAAUCUUGCAGCCAGGCUGUCAGGGCCACACCAAUAACCAAAGACUCUUCUCCUCCUCCCUUUCUCCCAAGAGCCCUGUACAGACCAAGAAACCAACACUUUUAUGGGGCCUCCUGUUUCUGGAAUGUUUGGUCUGGACAUUACAGCAUGUCAAACUCGACCCACAUCGCCCUCUUUUAAAAUUUAAAUAUUUGGAAUGGAACGUGUCAGGCUGGAACCUGCCAGUUAUUAAUUAUGCUUAUCAUAUAUUGAAGGUUUUAUGGUUUUCUUGUGUUUCUCCUUCUCCAGCCAUAAUGUAGAAAUUAGGCAGAGACCUACAGCUCUCCCAUAAGAAUCUUCUGUAGGCAGGACUUUUGGUGAGAGAAGCCUUCACCAGCUGAUGUGUUAAGUUACCUCUCCCAACACCUCCAGUGAGCAUGGCCAAAUGAUGGCCCCUGGAGUGCCCUUCACUGAAGAAGGCUGCUCUAGAGUCAUUUCUUUCAGUUUGAGAAGUGAGAGGGAGGAACAUAAUUCUAACAUGGUUAUCCUGGAAUGACUAAAAAGAUCCUAUAGAAAUUUUAAUGCAGAGUCCUGUAUUUUACAAGUGAGACCAUGAAGUUUCCCAGCUCUCUCUUGCUGAGACCAGGAUGAACCAUAGAAUCAAGGAAUCAGUGUUACAGCUUAUACAAACGUAACCUCUAGAGAUAUCUUAACCUUGACUAGGUCUGGUGGUACAGGAACUGCAGAAAUAGGUUCAAGAA